UGCGAAAAGUCUAGUGAGUCGACGUUGAGGUCACUUAGGUUUUCCCUUCAAACUCAAGCACACGCACACGUAUCCGUCCACAUAUCAACUGGCAGCCACUUAAACUUCCCCUGUGAUCUCUUCACAGACAGACAUCCUCCGGCCGUCCUUCGGAUCGUAGUUAUGUGGCAUCAUUCCUUUUUUUUCACACCCGGUCGCCCACGCUCCCUCAUCGUAAUCAUCGUCAUACACAUCGUCGUAUCUGUCGAAAGCGCCGGCUGUGACCCUAUCUCUACGUCUCAUAACAUUUCACUCUAGCCCCCUCUCUAGCUUCUCUCAAGUGCGUUCCCUCCGAGCCUAAAGUCGAACCACCGCUAGGGGCCUCCGUAUAGAGGAUCGCCAAUCCGUACAACCACGACAACGCAGCACUAGAGAAACUACCCAAACCAAGGCACCAAACGAGUUAACGCGCGUGAUAACACCCGCAGCCACGGUCGGUCCCGACGGGCUCUACGAGCUCGAAUCGAUCUACAUCAGCAGAAACGUUAAGCCGCUGCCGGCGGAUGGAAUGGCGGGAUUCGCGGCGCAGAAGCGCGCCGAGAUAAAGAAAGCAUCGCCGCUGGUGGGGCUGCCGGACGAGACGCAGCUCGCGAUCAGCUUGUACCUGGGCGUCGAGGACGUGGUGCGGCUGCGGCAGACGUGCCGGCGGUACCGCAACCUGUUCUCGCAGGCCGAGGUCGAGCGGCUGUUUACGCGCGAGGGCCAGGCCGACGCGGCGCUCGCGUGGUGCUGCGUCGAGUGCCUGGUGAUGCCGGCGUCGCGGACGCUCGUGCUGGACCUGCACCGCGCCGGCCAGCUGUGGCGCGUCAUGUGCGUGCCGUGCUGGCGCCUGCGGCGCAGCGCGGAGUACUGGCGCUCCGGCAAACCCUCCGUCUUCUUCGCCAUAGGCUACUGCCUCCUCGAGUACCCCUUCGAGGUGAUGGUGUUUCUACCGAUUGUGGUCUCCUUCUUAAUAACGCCUAUCGCGUUCUUCCACGGCUUGCAGCGACGCGACGGUGGGACAGCCCCCUUUCUCGUGUUCUGCACGCAGCUCGCCCUAGUCGGCACCUGGGCCCCGGUGGUAUAUUUCGUCGCGCAGAGAGCCGCCCUCCAAGACCGCAAAGCAACCGUUAUAUUCCCUGUCCUCGUGAUUACUCUAGCCGUCCACGUCAUCAAUACCGUGGGCUUCGGCCUCCUGUGCUUCGGCUACAACUUCUGGGGCUACAGCCUCCCGGGGAUAUCGGUGGCCCGGCGCUUCCUCUACGCCUGCUGCUCGCUCCUCGCCUUCUGGGCCAUCUCGUACCCCCGGCUACGAAGCUAA